UUGUUUUUCAUUUCAUUUGAUUUGAAUUCUAAGAGAUCUAUUCACGCACUCGAAAUCAGAGAGGACAUCCUAUUGAAAAACAUUUCAGAUCUACAUUUCCAGCUGUUUACAUCAAUUCAAAAGAAAACAAAGCUGGUUAAGGCUGCAGUGUUUGAAACUCAGUGCAACGGAAGAGGCUGCAAAAUUAAUGGAUGCGAGUCGAGUGGAAGCGGAACAUGACAAAGCUUAACCAAAUCCAAACCAGAAUCAAUCAUCUUUUCAAACCUUGUAAGUUCGGAUGGAAAAGGUACAAUGGUCAUUGCUAUUUCCCAUUCAAUUUGAAAAAAAAUUGGUUUGAAGCACAGAUGCAUUGUAGAAAUCAAGGAGCGACACUUUUGCAAAUUGAUGAUUCAAGUGAAAGGAUGUGGCUAUCAAAGAAUUUUCCAAAUGUUCCUUACUGGAUCGAUCUCACUGAUACUGGAGUCGAGGGGAAAUGGAUGAUGUUUUCCACAGGAAAGCUUGUUCAGUUUAAAAGCUGGAGCAAAGGUCAGCCUGAUGACUGGAAACAUGACCAGGAUUGUGCGUAUAAUAACUUCUCAAAACAGCUCGGACUGUGGGAUGACGGUGGCUGCAAUUGGUCUAUUGCAUUCGUUUGUGAAUCUUCAGGUCCUGAAUGAUCCUGAAAUAUGCCCAGUCUGUUUUGCAUUUGAAUAUUAAAAC